UCGUCACCGUCGACUCUCGCCGACCAACGGAUCCGCGCGUGAGGGGAGGCGACGGGAGCCCCGGACGGCCCCCCCCCCGCGGCGCGCGGGUGUAGAGCGAGAUUAAAAGGAGGGGGGCGCGUGGUCUGCGCGUCGGACACCUCCCUUCAGUUCUCACCGCUCCUCCUCCGACACGGUCGUGUUUCUGUGCGCGCUGCGGAUCUGGGGGGGAGGUUUUUUUUUUUGGUUUCUGCGUCUGCGGGCUCUGCGUCGCGUGGUCUUUUUUUUUUUUUUACGCGUGAAGCGAACCGGAUCAGAAGGCGAAGCAGGCCGACGCCAGAACGCCGCCAGAGAUGAUCACGUCCGCGCCCGGGAUCCUGCUGCUGCCGAUGCUAAUAUGUCUGCAGCGCUGCAUUGACGUCCACGGUACAAAGACCGAAUGUGAGGCCAGCCAGUUUCAGUGUGGAAACGGUCGCUGCAUCCCCUCCGUGUGGCAGUGUGACGGAGACGAGGACUGCACCGAUGGCAGCGACGAGGACUCCUGUGUUGGAAAAACGUGCGACGAGGUGGACUUUGUGUGUCACAACGGCCAAUGUGUCCCCAAGCGAUGGCACUGCGACGGGGAGCCAGACUGCGAGGACGGGUCAGACGAGAGCGUAGAAAUCUGCCACAUGAGGACGUGUCGUGUGAACGAGUUCAGCUGCGGCGCCGGCUCCACUCAGUGCAUCCCUGUCUUCUGGAAAUGUGACGGCGAGAAGGACUGUGACAACGGCGAGGACGAGGUCAACUGUGGCAACGUCACCUGUGCUCCAAACGAGUUCACGUGCGCCAGCGGGCGCUGCAUCUCCAGUAACUUUGUGUGCAACGGUGAGGACGACUGCGGCGACGGCUCGGACGAGGUGGCGUGCGCGCCGUCCUCCUGCGGCCCCAGUGAGUUCCAGUGUGGAAACUCCUCUUGCAUCCCGGCCAGCUGGGUGUGUGACGACGACGUCGACUGCCAGGACCAGUCUGAUGAGUCUCCGUCUCGUUGCGGCCGCCACCCGACGCCACCGGCCAAGUGUUCGUCCAGUGAGAUGCAGUGCGGCUCAGGGGAGUGUAUUCACAAGAAGUGGCGGUGUGAUGGAGACCCUGACUGCAAGGACGGGAGCGACGAAGCCAACUGCCCCGUACGCAGUUGUGGAGCGGAUCAAUUCCGAUGUGAUGAUGCCAACUGCAUCCUGGGCAGCAAACAGUGUAACGGCCUCCGAGACUGCGCCGAUGGAUCAGACGAAGUCAACUGCAAAAACAUGACCCAGUGUAACGGACCAGAGAAGUUCAAGUGUCGCAGCGGGGAGUGUAUCGAGAUGAGCAAAGUGUGCAACAAGGCCCGAGACUGUCCCGACUGGAGCGACGAACCCAUCAAGGAAUGCAAUCACAACGAGUGUCUCCUGAACAACGGCGGCUGCUCUCACAUCUGCAAAGACAUGGCGAUUGGUUUUGAGUGUGACUGCACACCUGGACUUCAGCUCAUUGACCACAAGACCUGCGGCGACAUCAAUGAGUGUCUGAAUCCCGGCAUCUGCAGUCAGAUCUGCAUCAACCUGAAGGGCGGAUACAAGUGCGAAUGUCACAACGGCUACCAGAUGGAUCCGACAACCGGCGUCUGCAAAGCUGUCGGGAAGGAACCCUGCCUGAUCUUCACAAACCGCAGAGACAUCCGCCGCCUGGGUCUGGAGAGGAAGGAGUACACUCAGAUUGUGGAGCAGCAGAGGAACACCGUGGCUCUGGAUGCAGACUUCAAUCAGCAGAUGAUCUUCUGGGCCGACCUGGGCCAGAGGGCCGUAUAUAGCACUGUGCUGGACAAACGCGGGGACGUCGGCACCCACAAUAAAGUGAUUGACAACGUCCAGACUCCCGUUGGCAUCGCCGUCGACUGGAUCUAUAAAAACGUCUACUGGUCUGAUCUCGGCACCAAAACUAUUUCUGUAGCCAACUUCAACGGAACCAAGCAGAAACUUCUGUUCAGCAAAGGCCUCAAAGAGCCGGCAUCGAUAGCUGUGGAUCCGCUGUCGGGGUUUCUAUACUGGUCCGACUGGGGCGAGCCUGCUAAGAUUGAAAAAUCUGGUAUGAACGGAGUGGACAGACAGGUUCUGGUGGCGACUGACAUCCAGUGGCCCAAUGGCAUCACCCUGGAUCUGAUCAAAGGCCGGUUGUACUGGGUCGACUCAAAGCUUCACAUGCUCUGUAGCGUCGACCUGAACGGAGACAACAGGAACAAAGUACUGCAGUCUCCAGAAUACCUGGCGCAUCCCUUCGCUCUCACUGUGUUUGAGGAUCGAGUCUUCUGGACAGAUGGUGAAAAUAAAGCCAUUUACGGCGCAAACAAGUUCACAGGCUCUGACGUGGUGACGCUGGCCAGCAACCUGAAUGACCCCCAGGACAUCAUCGUGUACCACGAGCUGAUCCAGCUCUCGGGCACGAACUGGUGUGCCGAGAAGGGUGAAAACGGAGGCUGUAGCUACAUGUGUCUGCCUGCACCGCAAAUCAACAAACACUCCCCCAAAUACACCUGUGUGUGUCCAGAAGGUCAGGAGCUGGCUGCUGACGGCCACCGCUGCAGACCCGAACAUUCUACCAAAGGUCCCUCAAAGGAUGAUGGGAAAGCUCUGACGCACCCCCCUCCAGAGUCCAACGUGGGCACGUCGAUCCAGGUGGACUCCACAGCCAGAGGGUCUGCUGCUGCCUGGGCCAUACUGCCCGUCUUGCUGCUGGCGAUGGCGGCGGGCGGCGGCUACCUGAUGUGGAGGAACUGGCAGCUGAGGAACCAGAAGAGCAUGAACUUUGACAACCCAGUCUACCUGAAAACCACAGAAGAAGACCUCAACAUUGACAUCACCCGGCACGGCGCCAACGUGGGUCACACCUACCCUGCGAUCUCGAUAGUGAGCACAGAGGACGAUUUAUCAUGAUCGUCUAGGAUUAUGAUUAAAGGAUUCUUUCUUUUUACGGCGACUCGUAGCGUUGGAUGGCAUCGCCUUGUUCCCAUGCCGACGGUUGUCCGUUGCAGCAGCCCUUACACUCCGACCACAUGCCUUCUGAAGUGCAUUAUGUCAUUAUCUGUGGAGAGGAUGACUUGAGGAAAUGUUAUUUAUAAUGUGACUACUACAAUGAAUUACGUGGCCAUAACUGUUAAAGGUGUUUUUUUGUUUGCAAAUGUUGGGGUAUUUGCUGUCAGUCUGCCCCCCCACCCCCCUCCAGUCUUCUCAAAGGAGUCAUUCGCCAUCUUUUCACGACCGUUGCGUGUAACCCGGUGCAUUUGAUCCUCACCGGGCGACAGACACACCCUGCGUCUAACGGAUCGGCUCUGCUGGGCAGGAACGUGAAACGGGAUCUGGGACGUCAUCACACCUGACGUGUGAAAAGGGCCAAGAGUGGAAACUGUCCACUAUUUAUGUUUUUUGUCAUGUAUUUGGCAGUAAUGUCAUGGAUAUAAUUGAUCUACGUUUUGCACUCUUUCUUUCCAACAGUACUUCAUGGAGUGCAUUCUUACAAGCUUAUUAGACAGUUUUUUUUAUUAUAAUUAUAUUUAUAGAAGCUGCGUAAGGAUUGCCAUGGUUACAGCAUUUGUAAACGUGUAUAUAUUGCCCACAAUCCCUCAGAUAUGACCGUCAAUCAGGACUCCUCAAUGCACUUUGAUCAAAUGUUCCUUGUGUAAAUAAGAUUGUAUACAUUUGACUUUAAUCAGUUUUUGUUUUUUUGCUAUGUUGGGCCUCGUACCGCGUUCUGAGUUGAGAGGUAUUUAAACAAAAAAGCUUAAACUGAAUUUGGUAAAAGGAACAGUAUUUUGUAUGUUUGUGCUGUUGCUGUGGACUUUUUCUAGCCUUGUACAGUGAGGGGAAUACGAUUGAAACUUCAAAGCUCUGUAUCUGUGAAGAAACUAGUUUGACAUUUGAAAUUAAAACUUAAUCUACAACGUUGUUAAA